ACUCUCCCCCAAGGAAUGUGAGCUCUCCGGCUUUGUUUUGAAUUUCCUAAGUUUGACAGUGUCACCUACUACCUAUUCAUGAAGGGUAGAUGAGGAGAUGAAUAAUCUAACAGCCUCCUAACACCUCUCGCCCCUGAGUCUGCCAAGGCCGAGGGACGCAGGACAGAUCAUGGCCAUGCUUUCGACCUCAGCGGUUCCUGAGGCAUUUUCUACUCCAGGCUGGCAGAUUGAAAAGAAGUAUUCAACGAAAGUGCUCCUUGGAAACUGGGUAGAAGAAAGAGGGAAGUUCACCAAAGCCACUGACCACACUCCCCAGUGCAUUUACAGGAAGGAGUAUGUUCCCAUGCCAGACCACAGACCAGACUUCGUUUCCAGGUGGUAUUCAAAAAGUAAAAUGGAGGGCCUCCCGUACAAGCACCUGGUCACCCAUCACCACGAACCCUCGCAUCGCUACCUGAUCAGCACCUAUGACGACCACUACAACCGGCACAAUUAUAACCCAGGCUUGCCAGCCCUGCGUACCUGGAAUGGACAGAAAUUGCUGUGGCUGCCAGAGAAGUCUGACUUUCCCCUUGUUGCACCUCCCACAAACUAUGGACUAUUAGAGCAACUGCAGCAAAAGUGGCUUGCUUCCAAGACUAGCCUGAAAGAGAGCAUUUACACUACAUCCUACCCCAGGCUGCCGGUGUGCGCUAUGUCCAGGAGGGAGCAUGCCAUCCCAGUGCCUCCCCCUCGACUGCAACCCAUCCCACGAUUCUGAGAACUACCCCUCCACUUGCAGUCUGGCCAGAGCCAGCAGAAAACCCACAGCCUCUCUGGACUUGACAGACAGAAAACAUCUGCAAAUGUACCCCAAGAAUUAAUUAUGGACCAUUGUUUUGGGUGGGGCGUGGGAACCUCUUGGAAUCAUGAUUUGUAUUUUACGGUACCUUCUCUCUAAACUCACAGAUUGUUUUUGUUUCCACCCCACAAUUAAAGUUUUUUUACAUG